AGAGGAAAAAGAGAAGGGGUUUUGGGCCUGGCCGGCGAACCGAGGCUGCGGGCGCUUUGGCGGUUCCGCGGGGCGGUGUCCGGAGUGCUGCGGGACCCGGGACCCCGGGGUUCACGCCACAACUCCAGGAGGUGCCUGAGCCAGCGCGCCGGCGAGGAGUAGUGGCUAGUGGGACCCCGCGGGCCGGGACCAUGGGCUGCUUCUUCUCCAAGACGCGGAAGGCUGAGAAGGAGUCGCAGCCGGAGGGCGAGGAGGAGCGGCCGAAGCAGUACAGCUGGGACCAGCGCGAGAAGGUUGAUCCGAAAGACUACAUGUUCAGUGGACUGAAGGAUGAAACAGUAGGUCGCUUACCUGGGAAAGUGGCAGGACAACAGUUUCUCAUUCAAGACUGUGAGAACUGUAACAUCUAUAUUUUUGAUCACUCUGCUACAGUUACUAUUGAUGACUGUACUAACUGUGUCAUUUUUCUGGGACCGGUGAAAGGCAGCGUGUUUUUCCGGAAUUGCAGAGAUUGCAAGUGUGCAUUAGCCUGCCAACAGUUUCGUGUGCGGGAUUGUAGAAAGCUGGAAGUCUUUUUGUGCUGUGCCACUCAGCCCAUUAUUGAGUCUUCCACGAAUAUCAAGUUUGGCUGUUUUCAAUGGUACUACCCUGAAUUAGCUUUCCAGUUCAAAGAUGCAGGGCUCAGUAUCUUCAAUAAUACCUGGAGUAACAUUCAUGACUUUACACCUGUGUCAGGAGAACUCAAUUGGAGCCUUCUUCCAGAAGAUGCUGUCAUUCAGGACCAUGUUCCUCUACCUACUACCGAAGAGCUCAAAGCUGUCCGCCUUUCCACAGAAGCCAGUAGAAGUAUCGUUCCAGUGUCCCGGGGUCAGAGACAGAAGAACAGUGAUGAGUCAUGCUUAGUGGUAUUAUUUGCUGGUGAUUAUACUAUCGCAAAUGCCAGGAAACUAAUUGAUGAGCUGGUUGGUAGAGGCUUUUUCCUGGUUCAGACAAAGGAGGUAUCAAUGAAAGCUGAAGAUGCUCAAAGGGUUUUUCGGGAAAAAGCACCUGACUUCCUUCCUCUUCUGAACAAAGGUCCUGUUAUUGCCUUGGAGUUCAAUGGAGAUGGCGCUGUAGAAGGAUGUCAACUUAUUGUCAAUGAGAUAUUCAGUGGGACCAAGAUGUUUGUAUCAGAAAGCAAGGAUGCGGCAUCUGGAGAUGUAGACAGCUUCUACAACUUUGCUGAUAUACAAAUGGGAAUAUGAAGUGCGAUGUGGAACAAGGACUUGAUUUUAAGCCCUUUUCAUUUUGUGUAUUAGCAAUGGUUUUUUUUUACUGAUGCUAUAAUUGUUAAAGUCAUUUUUAAAAUAA